GAAGGCUCGUUGCCGGACAAGAGUGAAAUCGUGAGCAUGCCUGCACUCAAGGGCAAGGACUACGGCAAGACCAAGAUGAAGUACCCGGACUUCGUUGCCACGCCCUCAGGUCUGCAGUACAAGGAUGUCAAGGUCGGCAAUGGUGAGAGCCCGGAGGACGGCGACCGAGUUGUCUUCGAUUGGGAAGGAUACACUAUCGGCUACUACGGCAGAAUCUUUCAAGCUAAGAAUGGCGUGAAGGGAGGAGCGUUUGCCGACGAGACAGACUUUCAACGCUGUGUCCUCGGCAGCCACACUGUGAUCCCUGGCCUUGAGGAAGGGCUGAAGGGCAUGAAAGUUGGGGGGAUUCGACAGCUUGUCGUCACCCCUGAGCUGGGGUACCCCGAGGACGAUCCUUCCCAUACUCGGGUCGGCCCGAAGCCAUCGACCUUUGACGGCCAGAGAGCUCUCAACUUUGUCCUGUUCAACAAGGGGCUCAUUGACAAGACCCUCCUCUUCAACAUCAAGGUCAUUCGAAUUGACAAGAAGGAUGGCGACGGAAACUACAUUAGAAAGGGAAGCUCGACUUGAAACUAAACUAAACCUGAACUAAACAAGAGAAGAGAGAAACG